CAUUCAACCUGCUUCUAUUUUAUAAUUUUUUUUGUUAGAUUAUGUGCAUCAAGGAGAUCUAUUUCUAUAUAUAAUGCCUUCUGUAUUUCAACUUCUAACGGCCUGAGACAUUGGUAACCGCAGUUCAGAAGAAGGGUUAUGUGGACUUGCAUGAUAUGGCAAGGGAAGACAGUCUAUCGUCCAAAUAUGGAUACACUCUUCCGAAGGAUCCAACCUGUAAUUUGCUAUGUAGUUGGACAGCAACAGAUCCAUCAACAUAUCUUAUUCGUGGAAAGACUUAUUUGGAUGACAGAAAAAAGAUUAAAGCAAAAGGCACAUUGAUGGAAAUGGUUGGUGCUGACUGGUUGAGAUCUGACAAGAGAGAAGAUGAUCUUGGUGGCCGUCCCGGGGGCAUAGUUCAGAAAUAUGCUGCUAAGGGGGGUCCCGAGUUCUUUUUUAUUGUGAACAUACAGGAUGCGUUACAUGAAAGAAAUUAUUGAAGAGCUUAUGAAGAAUGGUCGCUUUUGCCUAUACAUUCACAUGAUAUUGAUGAAGUUCGUGUUGAGUGAGUGAAUCUCAUUCUUAGUCACAUAUAAAAAGUAGAGGUAAUAUUCUACAACUUUGGUUUAUUAAUAUGGAUUUGUGUUAUAGAUAUACUAGUAUAUGUUUAUUUGGUCUAUUGAUUUUAAUGAAAGAAAUAUACUUUUAAAAUAAUAUAUGUUGCAAUUAGCUGGAAUUUUGUUUGAAAUGUAAGAAAUGCUUUGUUGACAUGAUUGUUUUAUAUGUUUUCAUGGCAAAUCUUGUUUUAAUUUUGUGCCAGGAUAUGCUGGAAAUGAAGCAAGAACAGGAGACUUUUGCUGAAUUUUCCACGAAGAUUCUUCAACAAUAGACUAGUAGAUAUUGUUUUGAAAAAAAAUAUUGUACUCUUUGUUUUGUAUAUUUAAUCUCAUGUCGUUGUUAGCUUCAUUUCAGUGUACAUUAACAGAAUAUGAAAUAUUGUGAAAUUAUAUAUGACAAUU